AGCCCAAUAUUGAGCCUGUGAAGACCUCUGAAAUAGAUGAGACAUAGGGACUUCAUGAACUUCACCAUAAAAUGAGUUCUAGUUUUUUAACCUGCUAACAAAUAAAUCUCUUCUUUUGCCCUCCCUGUAAAGUACUGAGAUUUUACAAAAACCAAAACCAAAGCUUUUGGGGUUUUAUACAUUCAUAGCUUGAAUAUGGAUAAAGAACCACCACUACCUGGUCGGCUUCCUCAGGAAAUCCCAUUGAUUGAUACCAAGUCCCUCACUAUCAAGAUAGCAAGUGCUAGCCACAAACCGGGUAAGGAGAUCCAUACUACCAUUGUUUCUGCAACUUCGGAUUCGCGUUCACCUAAUUUAAAAACCAGUUCAAUUGCAUCAUCUCCUUAUAACUCUCCGUCUCUCAUCUCUCCUCCAUCAUCCGCAUUUGUUUCUGCCCUUCAAUCACCUUACAUAUCUCCAAGGGCCACCUUAGUCCCAAGUCCAAGUGAAAACCCCACUCCAACUCCACUCACCCAUUCUUCACCUCCGGUGUCAUACUGUGGUUCCCAAUCCGAUGACAUCCCAAGUACCUCCUACACUCCCCCGCCAGAGCAAUACGAUUUCUCAGAUGAUCCAAACAACAACCCAAAGCUCAAAAUCCUGACCUGCGUGCCAGUUUCUGGCCCUGAUACCGCUCCUCGUAUCUCAUUUUCCUUUCCAGUCCCUCGAAUUUCUUUUGCAAAAGGCUCUGUCUCGCCUGCUUCCAGUGCCAAACUCAGCAGCUGCGAUGUGUACAUUGGAUUUCAUGGUCAGAACCCCAAUUUGGUACGUUUUUGCAAGUGGCUUAAAGCAGAGCUCGAGCUCCAAGGAAUUGCUUGCUUUAUUGCGGACAGGGCAAAGUACUCGGAGAAUCAGAGCCACGAGAUUGCUGACCGUAUUAUUUGCUCAGUGACGUUCGGUGUUGUGGUUGUCACCAGUUGUAGCCUCCUGAACCAUCUCAGCUUGGAGGAGAUCAGAUUCUUUGCUCAAAAGAAGAAUUUAAUACCACUGUUUUUUGACACAAACGCAAGUGAGAUGGUGGAUAUAAUCAACCGCAAUUCAGAUGAUAAAGAAUGCAAAGAAGCUAUUGAUGGACUGAUGAGGUCUCAUGAAUUCAAGCUGGAAACAAACAAGGAUAGUUGGAGAAGCUGUGUAUCAAGAGCUGCUGGGAUUUUGAGGGCAAAGCUUGGAAGGAAGAGUUUUACUGGGACUGGGCUAGAACUAGAAGGAUUUGAGGAGUUACCAUUUCCAAGAAACAGAUUUUUUGUGGGAAGAGAGAAAGAGCUGAUGGAGAUUGAAACUGCAUUCUUCGGGUGUGGGGAUCAUCUUGAGCCAGAAUGUUGUUUGAGGACGAUUAAGGGAGGAACGCCAGGGCAAUCUGAAGGUCUUGCGGAUGAGGAAACUGAAGUUGAUACAGGUAGAGGGAGAUAUAUUAAUUUGGAGAUUGGGAAGUGCAAAGAACCAAAGUUGGAGGCUUGGGUUGAACCAGUCAUUGUAAGAAGCUCAUCGAAGCGGCCUAAAUACAAGAAGUCAAAAAGCGGGAAAAACAAGAGCUUUGGCAGCAGUGUUUUAUGUAUAAAUGGAAAUCCGGGUGUUGGGAAGACAGAACUUGCAUUGGAAUUUGCUUACAGGCAUUCCCAGAGAUACAAGAUGGUUUUGUGGGUAGGUGGUGAAGCUCGGUACCUCAGGCAAAAUAUAUUGAACCUAUCACUCAAUUUAGGGUUGGAUGUAACAGCGGAUGCAGAGAAAGAAAGAGGAAGGUUCCGAAGCUUUGACGAGCAGGAAGCAGAAGCAUUCAAGAGAGUCAAGAGGGAGUUGUCUCGAGACAUGCCUUAUUUACUGAUUAUCGAUAAUCUAGAGACUGAAAAGGAAUGGUCGGAAGGGAAAGAUCUAUAUGACCUAAUACCAAGGAACACUGGAGAAACCCAUGUAAUCGUUACAACCAGACUCUCCAGAGUUAUGAACUUUGAUCCGAUGCAGCUUCAGCCAUUGCCCUUGUCUGAUGCAAUGAUUUUGAUCAGAGGAAGACGGAAGAAAGAUUACCCAGCUGAGGAGGUAGAAUUUCUCAGGAAAUUUGAGGAGAAAAUGGGCAGGUCAAGCUAUGGGUUGUGGGUGAUUGGUUCUCUACUUUCUGAACUUGCAAUCACACCGUCUGCUCUUUUUGAAGCCGUGAACCAAUUCCCAUUUGAGGAAGCUUCUACUUCUUGUAGCCUAAGCAUCACUGAUAAUCAAUUCUGCAGAAGCAAUCCUUUCCUAAUGAAAGUCCUCACUUUUUGCACUGCCGUCUUACAGCAAACUGAUGGGAGAAAGAACAUCAUUGCCUCAAGCAUGCUUCUUGUUGGGGCUUGGUUCGCCCCAGCACCAAUUUCAGCAAAUUUACUAGUUGCUGCAGCAAAGAAUAUACCUCCCACCAGAAAUCAAUUCAGGAAGUGGACCAAGUGCUUGAGUCUGGUGUUCUGCUGUUGCUCUGGUUUUUGUUCAGGCACCCAAAGAUGGAAGAGUGAAGAGGAUUCAGCCCUUCUCUUGGUUAAACUAGGUUUGGCACGAAGAGCUAAUAGGCAGCCCGGAUGUUGGAUCCAGUUCCACCCCAUAACUCAGGUGCUUGCGAAAAGAAAAGAUGGUCUGCAAGCUGCUAAGGCAAUGGUUCAAGGUGUAAGGAAAACUGGAAAUCCAUUGGUAAAUUCAGACCACCUCUGGGCUUCAGCAUUCCUUGUAUUCGGUUUCAAAUCUGAACCCCCACUAGUCCAACUGAAAGCAACUGAUAUGGUUCUCUUCAUUAAGAAAACUGCUCUUCCUCUAGCAAUUAGAGCGUUCACAACAUUCUCAAGAUGCAACUCGGCCUUAGAGCUCCUGAAGGUCUGCACAAAUGUGCUCGAAGAAGUAGAAAAGUCGUUUGUGUCUCAGAUACAGGAUUGGUGCCAUGGGUCACUUUGCUGGAAGAAAAAGUUACAAUCAACUCAGAUGGUCGACGAGUAUGUAUGGCAAGAAGUAACAUUGUUGAAAGCUACAUUGCUGGAGACCAGAGCAAAGUUGCUGCUUAGAGGUGGGCAUUUUGAUAGUGGUGAACAGCUCUGCCGAACUUCAAUUAGUAUCAGGACAGUAAUGCUGGGACAUAACCAUGCUCAAACACUGUCUGCUCAAGAAACAUUGGCAAAGAUCGUCAGGUUGAGAAGUAAGAUAUGAUGCUCUGUUUCAAAACAAAAGUCCUAUACUUUGGUAGCUCACCUUUCCUUUACACUGUAACCAUGUUAUUCACUAGUUAGAUAUAAAAGUAUCAAAUUGCUCCUA